CUCAGUCAGACUGUGUCAGAGCUGGCCAGGAGAACUCAGGAACAUGGCUUCAAUGUUUUUAUGCUUCACGCUUCUCUUCAUCAACAUCUGCACAGCAGAUGGAUAUGAGUGUUACUCUUCAACUCGCUGCCUGUUUAACUCCACUGAGCUGCAGGACAUCGAGUUCAUCAGAUCUUACUAUUACAACAAGAUAGAGCAUGUCAGGUUCAGCAGCGAUGUGGGGAGGUUUGUUGGAUACACUGAGUUUGGUAUAAAGGAGGCAGAAUACUGGAACAAAGAUCAGGCAAUACUUGCUCAAAUGAGAGCUCAGAAGGAGACGUACUGCCAACACAACACUGACCUCUGGUACGCAAAUGUUCUUUCUAAAUCAGUGAAACCAUCAGUCAGACUUCACUCCACGAUGGCUCCUGGUUAUCACCAUCCUGCCAUGUUGGUCUGCAGCGUCUAUGACUUCUACCCUAAACUGAUCAAAGUGAGCUGGUUGAGAAAUGGACAGGAAACAACCUCUGAUAUCACUUCCACUGAAGAGUUUGCAAAUGGUGAUUGGCUCUACCAGGUCCACUCCCACUUGGAGUACAUGCCCAGGUGAGUCCAGGUCAAACCUGGGACCAGGACUCUUUGUUUGCCUGGACAGUCUGACCACGUGUGCCCUCUCCUG